CCCCACCUUCCCUGAUCCCGCUGAGACUACUGGCUGCUCUCCUUGACUAAAAUCAGCCCGCUGAUGUUUUCUUUUGAUCAUACAUGAAACAGGAUGGACCAUUAAACGGCUACACUCACCUGAUUCCGCACAUUUCGACCGAAAUAUUCGCCGGACGAACGGAACGAACGCCAAAAUGGGUCGUUCGCGGAGCAAAAGUCGUUCGCCGCGGAGGCACCACAAAACGAAACACUCGCGAAAGCGGUCUAAAAGCCGAGAACGACACAAACACAAGCGCAGGCAAGUUCCCGCACCUUCUAAAUUAGUCCUUUUGAGACCAACGCCUUUGUUAUUAACUGGCAGGAAGAGGAGGUCCGCGUCCACCUCAUCGUCCGGUAGUUCAUCCUCGGUCACAGGCGGAGUUGAAUAUCGGCGCAAGAUGAACGAAGUGGAACGACUAGCAGAAAUGGAGCGUCAACGGAGACAAAGGGAAAUUGAAGCUCGAAUGGUAGAGGAAGAGAGUGCGGCCCGCAUUGAGGCGCUUGUCCAACAACGAGUCCAGGAGGAACUGGAGAGGAGAAAGGAUGAGAUAGAGGCUGAAGUUAAAAGAAGAGUGGAAGAAGCAAGCAAGAAAAUGGAAGCGGAGUUAAUGGCCGAACUGGAGCGACGGCGGCAGGAGCAGCUGGAACGAGAGAAGCAGCGGGAGGAGGAUGAGCAGCGAAAGCGGAGAGAACUAGAGACCAUUAUGGCGGAAAACAACCGCAAAAUCGAAGAGGCGCAGAAAAAGCUGGCAGAGGAGCGGCUAGCAAUGGUCGAGCAGCAACGACGGAUGGACGAGGAACGCCGUCAGCUUGAGAAGGAGCAGGAACGCAGAGUCAAGGAUGAGCAGCGCAAAAUACUCGGCAAGAACAACAGUCGGCCCAAGUUGUCCUUCACACUGAAGCAAUCGUAGCCUCCUUAUGGACAUUAUCAACGUUAUUUUAUGUGUCACUUUUCCACGCUCUUUAAGUGGUUUGCGCCAAAUCGUUUGCGGCUUUUGGGUUGCCAGCAUCAUGGAUGAAGCAAUAGAAGGACGCAAGAAAUUUUGUUUAGGGUUCUGAAUUUGGGUAACAUGGCUUGCUGGGUUUCUUCGAUUGAAACAAGUGCUGCUUUUUGAGAGCAAGAAUGGUAACCUCUAUUAUUUGCGACAAAGUUAUUUCUGACGCUUAGCUUCAGUGGCUAAAAUGGUUUAAAAUUUGCAACCCUAAAAUAAACCGAUAGGACUUUUUAUUUAAAAGACUUUCAUUAACUCUUCUUGUGUCAAGUUUAAAUGUAAUCGUCAUUUGCUUGCUGCAAAUUGUUGGUUAUCCUCACUCAAACGAAAUAUUGUAAGUGUGAUUUUCACUUUUUGUACAUAAAGUGAGAUUAUUUGUGUUUCAUCAGUAGGAAUUCAGUUAGUGAAUAAUGUUGUUUUUACUGAUCCGGACCUCCCUCAUGCGCCCCAAAAUCGUGUACGCGUAUUUUUGAGUAGUAAAUGACGUAACUGUAACUUCCUUGUUCAUUUUAUUGUAUAAUAGACUGCGCCCUUUUAAAUGCACAUCUGUGCGGGUCUCGAUUUAUUUUUCUUGUCCCUCAUACUAUAAAGGAUGAAUUAAAAGUAACCUUUGAUAUGCGACUGCAUUUUAUUAGUAACUAGUGAAAAUCGGCCACCGUCACAAAUAGUUCAAUGAACCUACUUGAUUAAGAUAUGGUACUGGAUCAAAAUCUGGAAUCUGAAUUGCUCCAAAGUGAAAUAAAUGAGUCACUCAGCA